AUGAAUAUAUCGAAUCCAAAUAACGAACUCCUGAAAGCAAUCAAUUCUCCUGCAUUUACUUUAUACACAUGUAUUGAAUUAUUAUGCAAACAUGCUGAUAAUAUUGGGAUCCAUUACUAUCUAUGUCAAAGAUUAUUGACUUUCCCACAUUCAGAAAUACAAUUUUAUAUCCCACAAUUAGUACAAAUUUUACUUACUAUUGAAACUGAGUCUAUGGCUUUGGAGGAUCUACUAAUGCAAUUGAAAAAUGAAAAUCCACAUUUUGCUUUGUUGACAUUUUGGCAAUUGCAAGCAUUAUUGACCGAUCUAUCUACAGAUCCUGAAUCAUAUGGCUUCCAAGUAGCUAGACGUGUUUUAAAUAAUCUACAAUCCUCACUAUUUAAUACUAAUCCCUAUAUUGAUGAUACAUCAACACAUAAUAGCAGUAACACAAGCAAUCCUAGUUCUUAUUAUUUAACUGAUGGGAGAUCAACAAAAAUGCAUGAAAAUGUGGCACCUGCCAUUGUUUAUACAUCAAUGAUUAUGAGUGCAAUGACGUUCCCGGAAUUAUCUAACAUGACUAAGCCAUUAGUGGAAUCUCAAGGUAGAAGACAAAAAUCUUAUGUAUUUAAAUUGGCUAGAAAUGCCAUGAAAGAUUUGACAAGGAAUCUAACACUUAAAAACACACUAUUGAAUAGUAAAAAAAAUAGGAAAUAUAAUACAAAUGAGGUGCAACAUAAUAUGGAUGAUAAAGUUAGAGCGGCUAUUGAGGCUAAUUCAAACUAUAGAUCGAAAUCCACAUCUACUAUGGAUCGUAAAAGAUUAAACCAUUCAAACUCCAUGGUCGGUAGUCCUAUACUUAAACAUAACUCCUUUGAUCAAAGAAGAUCUUCGUCUCACGAUACCAUUACCACAUCUUUGAAUUCAACUUUUGAUAUAAUUGAUUCAACAAUGACAAGAGAGGAUAUUAUGUUUAAGAAACCAAGAAAAAAAGAUGCUAUUCAACAAGCAACGUUAGAUUUUAGCAUAGUUGAUGAUAUAGGUAAUCAAUUAUUUGAAGAAAAGAUUUCCACCUCAAUUAAAUUACCCAAAAGAAAAUCAAAGUUUCUUGCAAAAAAUGGAUCUUCUUCAACUGAAAUUUACAAAAAUACAGCAACAUCCACUACUACUUCUGAUGGAGAUAAUAUAGAAAGGAAGGAUACUGUAAUUUCAAGUGAUGGAGAGGAUGUUUCUGCCAUUACAAAUAAUGACAACGCAUUUAUUAAUGGUAAUUUAUCUAAGGAUAGAAAAAGUAUAUUAUCAAAUUACGAAAAUUUUACAAAAUCUUUACCAGAUCUACAUAAAGUAACACCAUCAAAGCCAUCAAUUUCUUCUAAUUUAAAGAAAAGUAUUUUACAAAAAAAUAAUAUAAAUAGUUCUAGUAGAGACACUAAUAACAGCAAUGAUUCAAUUAGCACUUCUACUACUAUCACAACUACUACUGCUGACACACCAAGACAUAGUUUUGAUGUUGAUGAUAUAAAAACUCGUCGUACAUUAGUCAGAUCUAAUACGCAACCACCUUCUCAUUUUGAUAUGAUGAGACAAAAGAAAACAAGUUCUUAUCUGGCUAAAGAAGUCGAUAUUUCUAAAUUAUCAACAAAAAAGAAAAUUAAAUUAUUAAAAACAAAUUAUUUCCGUUGUGCAACACAGUUUGCUAUUGCUUUGGAAUCUAUCUCACAAAGAUUAGCACAAGUACCGACUGAAGCAAGAUUAAGUGCGUUGAGAGCAGAAUUAUCUUUAAUGAAUAGGGAUUUACCUGCUGAGGUUGAUAUACCCACUCUUUUACCGCCAAAUAAAAAAGGUAAACUGCAUAGAUUGGUUACAAUCACUGCAAGUGAAGCUCAGGUAUUAAAUUCAGCAGAAAAAGUUCCAUAUUUGUUGUUUAUUGAAUAUCUAAGAGAUGAUUUUGAUUUUGACCCAAUGAGCGAUGAAAAUGAGAAUAUCUUGAAACAUAAUUCUGCUAAUACGUCGCCUUUAUUUGAUUUAAAUUAUUUAAGUAAGAAAAUACAUAAUAGAAAUGAUUGGGUUUCCUUGAUCCCAGGAACACAAGAGGAUAAUAUAUUAACAACCGAUUCAUCCACAAUCGCAACGACUGAUACCAGACACCAUCAACAUCAAGCUCAUAUAUCAAAUAUUGAAGAGUAUUAUAAUUUGCAAAUCACUUCUUUGGAUAAUACUAUAACGAAAUAUCCACAACGUGAAAUGGAUCUCGGUGAUGUGUCCAUAGUUAAAAUGAAAAAUCGUUCAGAUAUUGGAACAUAUAGAAAUGAUAUCAUGUUGAAUGUUGCUGAAAAGGUUCCUAUUAUAGAAUCUGAUUCUUCUAACCGUAGUCCGGAGCUGAAGUUUGUUCAAAAUAUGAAUGAGGUUAUAUCUUUAGAUAAUGAGAAAGAUGUCAAAAGUCAGUUUAUGAGCCCUAAUGAAACAGAAGAUCUGGCUGAGCAAAUGAGAAUAUCAGCACUUAUGUUGAACCAACUAGAUCAAUCACCACAGACACUUUCAGAUUCGACAAAUCAAAUCAGAGCUCAAAUCAUUAUGUCCAUGAAAGAAGUUCAAGAUAAAUUUGGCUAUCGUGAUCUGGAAGCAAUUCAUGGAAAGGCAGGAGAACGUAAAUUAGAAAAUGAUAUGAUGACAGGUGGUAUUGAUACAUCUUAUUUAGGUGAAGAUUGGCAAACUAAGAAAGAAAGGAUCAGAAAACAAUCUAAAUACGGUCAUCUAGAGAACUGGUCAUUAUGUUCUGUCAUUGCUAAAUCAGGGGAUGAUUUAAGGCAAGAGGCAUUUGCGUGUCAAGUUAUUCAAGCAAUGGCUCAAAUUUGGGCCAAAGAAAAGACUGACGUUUGGGUCAAAAAAAUGAGAAUUUUAAUUACUUCUGCUACUACAGGUUUAGUAGAGACUAUUACAAAUGCAAUGUCAGUUCAUAGUAUUAAAAAGGCCCUUACAAAAAAAAUGAUUGAAGAUCAUGAGUUAGAUGAAAGAGGAGGUAUUGCCACUUUAUCGGAACAUUUUGUUCGUGCAUUUGGUAAUCCGGAAGGUUUUAAGUAUAAACGUGCGCAAAGCAAUUUUGCAUCUUCCUUAGCUGCUUAUUCUUUGAUAUGUUAUAUUUUAAGGGUAAAAGAUAGACACAACGGAAAUAUCAUGAUCGACAACGAAGGACAUGUAGUGCAUAUUGAUUUUGGGUUCAUGUUAUCUAAUUCUCCUGGUUCUGUUGGAUUUGAGGCUUCACCGUUCAAGUUGACGUAUGAAUACAUAGAUGUUCUGGGUGGAUUAAAUGGCAGUCCAUAUAAAAAGUAUGUGCAAUUGAUGAAAGAUGGGUUUAAGGCAUUGAGAAAGUAUUCUGACCAGAUAGUUUCUAUGUGUGAGAUUAUGCAGAAGGAUAACAUGCAACCAUGUUUUGAGGCAGGUGAUCAAACAAGUGUUCAGUUAAAGGAUAGAUUCCGUUUAGAUUUAAAAACAGACACUGAAGUGGAUAAGUUUGUGGAAAAUGAUUUAAUUGGAAAAUCAAUGGGUAAUGUUUAUACAAGACUUUAUGAUCAAUUCCAAUUGGUUACUCAAGGUAUUUUAUCUUGA